CGCUCGCCCGGUGUGCCUAAUGUCAUUGUGAAAAAAAUCUGGAAUAUAUUCUACGUAGAUUUUGUCGGUCUGCAUUGUAAUUCUGAAUUAUCUGUCUUCAAUCUAUUGGUACUAAAGUUGGCCAUGUUUAGAUAAACAGGGAGUUUCUUGGCAUUCCGUUUUGUGCGUAGCUUAAAGAGUGUGAAUAAUUGAAAACCAACACGGACGGAACAAGGUGGAGCAUUUCAAGGCGAAUGAAAUGGAUUUCUCACCGAGCCCAGACAGUGAUACUUCUGGCUACUAUAGAAAUCGCUGCCGACGUGAUGAGCGCGACCGGGGCAAUCGAGGAAGAUCGAAGGAACGGUACCGAAAUAACAGCCGCUACAGCCGUAGCCGGUCGCGGUCUUUCAGCAGAGAGCGCUACUCUUAUCCCCGGCAGAGAAGUGACGAACGCGAUUCUUACCGGGAUGUGAAUGAACCAGGAUACGAUGACGGUGGCUGGGACAGCCGCGACCGAUUUCGUGAACGAAGUCGCGAACGGGAUCGCGAUCGUAGAUCUCGCGAACGAGAUCGCUAUCGAGAUCGAAGGGAUCGCGACAAAGGAGGUCGCCGUGGUGGCUACUCUCCCAGCUCCAUGGAUGAUGGGGAAAAUUUUGAUAGUGAAAAUGAGUUUUUCUAUCAACAAAAACCCAACAACAAUAUCAUCAUCCGCGGUUUGGCACCACAGGUCACUGAAGCUGAUAUUAACAGCGAUCUAAUCCAGUGCGGUUUGCAGGCGCUGCACGUUAGGUUGAUCCGGAAACGAAAGACAGGUGAAUCGAGGGGUUUCGCAUUUGUCGAGUUUCGCACUGAAGAGGAAGCAACUCGUUGGAUAUGUUACAAACAGGGUGUGCUGGUAUUCAACGGACAGCAUGCCGUCAUGCAGUACACAUUUUCGAUGCCGUCGAAAUUUCAGACAGAUUGGUAUUGCGCUAAGUGUUACGCGUUCAACUUCAAACGAAGGGAAAACUGCUUCAAAUGUCACGCAUCACGCGAGGACAGUGAAAUUGGAGGUGAUGGCAGUGAUGAGAUGAGCAACAUUUUGACGAAAAAGAUCAUGCUGCGCAAUCUGGAUGUGCUGACGAAUGAGGAAAGUGUCAUGAGCGUUAUGCAGAAGAAAUUGCCUGCCGAGUUGGUGCAGAAAAUCGGAAAGGUGGUCAUUUGUCGUGAUCCGCUGACGUCCAUUUCUCGCGGGAUGUGUUAUGUGCAUUUCGAAAAUCUGGUUGAUUCGAUGAACACGCACAAUGCCCUGAAGGAGCUAGAUCCACCGCUCAGAAUCGACAACCGGGAGGUUAUAAUAUCGUACUGCAUGGAUACAGAGAACAGGAACUUGAUGAAACUGCAUCAGCAUCCCCAUCAAGGCAGGGAAGCCAGUCGGCAGGGUUACAGCAACCAAAACCAUGGCGGACAAGGCAAUGGAAGCGGUAGUAAUUCGAACAAUUACCAAGGCAAUGGUGCUGGCGGCAGCAAUGCUAGCUAUCGAACCGAUGGUGGAAACAACUUUGAUCGCAACGGUUACGGCAAUAAUCACAAUUCGCAUGGGAUGAAUAAGAAUAGCAGUGGUGGUGGUGGUGGUGGUGGUCGAGGAUCAUUUCAGGACAUUACCGCACCACCGCCAAGCGGAUCUGCGGUCGGUUCAUCGAGCAUGAUUUCCUCUUCCUCUUCAUCAGCUGCAAUGGGCAGUUUACCGGAGAACUAUACGCUUGCUGAUGUACCGCGUUUGGCCGAGUAUAGUGCUUCUAUGUACGCGUCAAAUGCGGCCGAACAUAAACACUAUCUGCAAUAUUAUACAGAAUACUACACAAAUCAGCUGUCGACCGUUAACGACGGACAAGCGGCAGGACCGCGUACUUCCGCUGGCUUAGGUGAAACGGCCAACAGUGGUGCGGCUGUGGCUCAGUCAGCGAUAGCACGCAAACAGCAAUCCGGUCCCAAUAGUGGAAAAUCGGACAAAUCCGAUGUUUAUGGUCCUGUGAUGGGCGCUUCAAAUGCGCCAGUCCAGUCCGGACCGCAGCUUCCCGUUCCGAACGGUGUAGACGGUCGAAAGUAUCCUACGCCGGAUACCUCGCUCUAUCAGUACGACGAAACCUCUGGCUUUUAUUACGAUCCUACCACCGGGCUUUACUACGACGCCAACUCGCAGUACUAUUACAACAGUGAAACCAGCUCAUACCUUUAUUGGGACUCCGAAAAUCAAACAUACGUCGCCGCACCUGCAUCUUCUUGCGCGUCCAACAGUACUGCAACAGUUCCCGGCACGCAGCAGAUGACGAGCAAGUCGGAAAGCGCUGCUUCGCUGGCUGAAAAUGCAGAGAAGAUGGAAAAAUCCAAAUCAAAAGAGCAAGCACCUCCCCAGGACAAGGUUAAAGUUGCCAAGAAGAUCGUCAAAGACAUGGAGAAGUGGGCGAAGCAGCUUAACCAAAAGAAGGACUACAGCGUCAUACAGCCGCCUGCACGGAUUGAGGAGGCCACGCUGUACUCGUCGUUAGGACCAUCCAAACCAAUGUCGGAAUCGCUCGGUGGACUCGGUAGCGCGGGUUAUGCAGAUGUAGGCUUUUCGUUGCUGGAGAAAAAGGAACGCGCUGGUGGUGGCGGAGUCGUAAGCACUGCGUCCAUGAUGGCUGGUGGCUUGGGAGCAAGUUCUGGUUCAGGAUCAACGUAUCCAGCAAGCAGUGGUGUGACUAAACCGGUCACAAGUGCUACAUCAGCGUACGGUGGUUCAGAUUCCGACAAUGAUUUUGGUGACGGUGAAGGAGGUCCUUCCGAUCGAGAUCUGGUUGAUUUUGAUCGAUUAACCUGUCUUCUAUGCAAGCGUGCAUUCCAAUCGCAGGAAAUUCUAAUGAAGCAUGUUAAAAUGUCCUCACUGCACAAAGAAAAUCUACAAAAGCUGAACGCAAGCUUUCGUGCUGGUGGUGGAUCAAGAGGAGGCGGUGGCAGUAGUGAUGGUGGUUCGGGUGGUCCGUUCAAUGGGUUGCAGUACCGGGAUCGUGCAAAGGAACGCAGGCAAAAGUAUGGUGAGGACGAAGCACCACCAGUUAAUCGAAGCAAGGAACGAUUCCAGCGAGAGAUCGAAAAGCAAACACAAUCCCAGUCUGCCUAUCCACAGGGCACUGCUUCUGCUGUACCGAUUGGGCAGAAUAACAUUGGCAAUAAGUUGCUACAAAAGAUGGGCUGGUCCGAAGGGCAAGGCCUGGGAAGAACCAAUCAAGGGCGUGUGAAUAUUAUUGAGGCGGAGGCGCGCGUGGCAAACGUUGGAUUGGGCAUUAAAGCCAAUGCUGCAGCACAGUUCGGGCGUACAACGGACGAUUACAAAACGUACAUAAAGAAAAUGAUGAAAUCGCGCUACGAGCAGGUAGACGUGAAAGAUUGAGCGCGCUCUCCGGGCACAGACUGUUUUUUUAGUUAAUGUAAUCCUCUCUCUUCGCCAGUUAGUAUAAUUUUAUGUUGAUAGUAAUAAUAACUACCAUGUACGUAGUUGUAAUAUAAAGUAGCAGCAGUUUUAUUACCAAGCAUCAAUCAUGCUUGUGCAAAUCUUCCGUUAGUUAGCCACCACUAUUGUGUAUAUUAUUUUAUAUUUCUCCAUUUUCGAAUGAACAUUGCUUGAACAUGUUUCUGGAGAACUGUAAAACAUCUAAAACUUGGCAAUAAAACAAUCUUUUAAACUUUAA